UGGGCCCUGGCCAAGCGGGCAGAGCCUUGAAUCAAGCGAAUGCCGUAUGACUCUAAAGGAAAAUUUCGGCGAUCAGCCAGUAGCCUGAUCACACACCGACCUGCAGGGCUGGCUAACUGGCACGUAAUCCUUCGCUUACUGACCUCAGAUCAGCAAGGGCCGUUCGGCGAGCAUUCCAACCGGAGUCUUCAUUCCAACGGCGUUGGCCAAUUAUAUCGGUACUUCGCCGGGAUGUUCUAGGAUGGUAUGUAGACCUGCGCUAAGGCUCGACUGGUGACAUACCUUUCAUGAUAUCAUCCGUUGGCCUUGUACACUCAUGGCGGUAUAUGUACUUGUAAACCCCUGAGAACGACACUCGACAUUCAUCACCUUCCUACGUUUCCUGGUCAUCAUGACAGGCAAAGAUCUGAAGAACAACGUUCGCUCAAAGCUUCACACGCUGUUUCGUAAAGGCGACCAGAAACACAACAAGCUAUCAGACAAUGAUUCGGAGGUAACAUUGUUUCCGCUAUCCGAUCAAAACCUCCUCAACAGACGAAAUGUGUUUCUUGCAGCCGUCUUGAGCAGCCAUAUAAUGGGGACCAGUGCUUCGGGUCGUGCUGUCGAGGGCAAGGAUAUCCUCGUUAAACGGCCGGGAAAUCUCCUACUUGUUCCAAUGUUGCUUAAUGUCGAAUUCAAUACUUAG